CCCUAGUCUCUUCCAGACGUCGCUCGGCGCUUUGCGCUCCCCACAUGCUACAACUGUGAACGACAAUAUACAGAGAUUUUAUACAGAUGUCGUUCAUAAUGCGCCUAUUGUCCGCCAUAAAUUGGUGCGCCUACGAUUUACUGUGUGUGUCCAGUGAUCAUUAUCAGACUGUGUGUAAAAUUGAGUGCCCCUAUUAAGCGACAGGACAGAAGAGAACCCCUCAGCCCCCCUCAGCGUGACGCUGCCGGACAUCGCAUUGUAACACGACCUACUGUGAUACAGAUUGAGCAUCGUUUUCGAGAAAUUCGGAAAACCAGGCGUUAGAAAAUAUUCCUUUUUGAGGCAUCUACCUGCCCCAUUGUAUGGAGCGUGAUAUACAACCGUUACUAAAUACACUGUGUACAGCUGAGCAAAAUGCCGCUGUACACAAUGGCAGCUGUGCUGCUGCCAGCGCCCUUGCGCAGGCGCUGUUGCCCAUCGAAGAGACCAGUUCUGACAGAUCCAUGGAACCAACCGUGGGCCGUUGGGGCUGCGAAUGGCCAAGUUGACUCGAUCUGGCACCCGCCUGGAGUCCCAGUCUGUCGCCCGAGCCUCUACCGGAGGUCGCCGGGAAGAGGACCCUGCCCCUAGGGUCCAGUGCCGGUCUCGACGGGGCCAUUAGCGAUGGCCCUUUAGCCGUUAAUCCUGCCAUCGCAGAAGACCAGCGAGCCGGCCCCUGGCCUCCGGAACAUCCCUUGCCGUUGCCUCUAUGGAGAGAGGGGCCCAUGCCAACAUUCCAACUCGGCGAUAUAAGGGAAUACGAAUCUUUGGCUUGCGAAAUAGAGAUGCAUGUACGCAAGUUACUUGAAGAGCACAACUACGACACCAUAGGAAAUUUAUUAGCUUUCUACGAUGCUUUCAAGAAGAGCGGAUGUACCAAUGUCCUCGAAUUCUUCAGGAUGUAUACACCACCAAUAACGCCUGACCAUUACACUUGCGUAGGACUUGCUUUGGAAUUGUGGCACAGACUUGGCAUUCAGCUAGAAAGCAAAUAUCCAGGGAUUGGUGACUAUUUGUGCGUUGUUUCUUGCGAGGAGGAUAUCGAUAGUACACCCAUGUACACAGCUCAAAGUCAAAGGGUGGAGUCAACAUACAAACUGGAAAAAGAGCAUGUUCUGUUAUGCCUGAAGGUUCAGUUCUCUGGAAGAACGGGAGUUUUGCUUUGUGACCCAGGAUACCACGUUUCUAGAGUAAUCACCAUUAUGAAUGAUAAUAACUAUCCUCAUACAGGCUGGUACAUCCAAGCUGAAGACGACGACGUCUGCAAAGAAUACUGCUACCACUUCAGCUCGUUCAACCCCAAUUUCGUGGAAUGGGACGAACGCACAACGCGUAAAGGUAAACAGGAAUGCUUCACAGGUCUCAUCUACGUUGGGAGACCUUACCAGACAGCGGUUGACGUCACAGAGAGAAGGAACCUUGUGUACUGCUUCAGAAGUUUACUGUCUAGAGACCAGAAGGGUAACCUAAUUGCAGGAAUCUACUUCAAGGUCAAAGCUAAUGGGGAUGAGUUUACGGUAUUAACAAAGACCUGCUGGACAAACUUUCCGUGUGUAACGAUCAGUUAAACCUGCCGAAAAACAAAUUGUUGAACAUCAUCCAACGCACCGGCCAAAUCUUGAGGGAUGAGCCGUUCAUCCAACAAACACUUGACAUUGACAGAUGUAUCAACUUGGUCUCUGCAGACAACUAAUUGCUCUCUCAAGUUGUCUUUAAUCAUUUGUUACACACACUUUUUGUUACCGCUUCAAUUUCACUAUAGUUAUUAGUAGUUCUUUUUUCUUCCCUAUAUCGCCAAUUUCAAUCUAUUAUAUCGGAGUUCUGAAUUCAGCAAUGCACACGUUGUUUUUCACUAUUCUAAGUAAUAAAUAGGUUAUACUUACAUUAAUUUCCAUUUCACUCAUCCAUUUCAUUAUUGUGGUGUCGGAAUUUUUUCAUUGCAUUUCAUUAAAUUGUUAUAUUGUAUUCAAAAUAUAUACUAUACCCGUUUUACAUCAACAGAUGGAGUUCUUAAAAGUUAUCCUGAUUAUGUUUUGCAGUGCGUGCAACUUGACAAAAAUUAGAACAAGUCUUAUAAUUGCGUGAAGACUUCCACGAAGAAGUUCAUGAAUUUAUUUAACGUUUGAUUUCUGUUGUAUACAUUUGAAAUUUGGCCAUGAACUGGGUUCAUGUAGAAAUCCAUGGAUUUUAUCGUCAGUGUGAAACGGGUAUCAAAAUCAUUUUGCUUCCAUUCUCGUAUAACAUUUUACACACUUUUUACUUAUUCCAUCACAUAUUCAGCACAGUUCAUAAUAAAUAUAGUAUUAUUUAGUAAUUUUUAAUUUUAUUUUUUAUGCCGUGUAUGAUUUUUUAUUUUGCUGAAAUCAGAGCUUCUGUCUAUAUAAAGCUUGCUGUGUACUCUAGCGUUUUGUAUGCUAUGAUUUAACACGGAUAUAGGUAAAUAAUACACAUCACCUACUUUAAUUUUUUUGUUGGCUGUCUUUUUGUCAUUUCAUGUUGGGAAUAAAUAUCAUUUUGCUUGGUGGAGGAUCUUCAUUUCUGCUUAAAUCGUUUCUAAUAGUACAGAUGCAUAACAAAACUUUAUACUCGUCAAACUAACAGCUCUGCCAUUCAAGAGUGGCUUUUAAAGACUUAUCCGAAUGUAAAAUGUCAUCGAGUAUCCGUACCAUAAGAAUCGUUAUUCAUUUGUUUACUGUUUUAUUAUUCAUAUCUGUAUCCAAAAGAUUGUAACUUGAUUUUGCAUAAAUUAAAUAACUGUGUUUACAAAAUAUUGCUUGAUUUUGUUAAUGUUGUAGGUACCACUGUAAAAUUCUAGAAAAUAUAUUCUAUUCGUUUGCGAAAUGGUCAUGCACUGAGGUUAACGCGUAAUCAGACAUAUAUUAGUUUCAUUAAAAUUGAGCAUAUAUCUUUAUCUAACGGUGCAUGAAGUCUUAUACAGAAUAUUUUUCAUGCAACUGUUGGGAUCACAGUUUUGUAUUCUUUACACUGAAGUAUGUGAGCCUAAUUUUAUUGUAUUUUCUAUUUCUUACAAAACUUUUAACAAUAAACAACUUCCAGCUAA